AUGAAACACGGUGGUCCGACUGAGGUUUUUGGUUCCUGCAACGGCUUGAUCGGAUUAUCGAACUCCCCUACUGAUUUAUCGAUCUUCAACCCAUCCACCCGACAGAUCCACCGGUUACCUCCUUCGCCGAUCGAUCUCCCUGAUGGCUCGACGACUCGCGGUUACGUCUUCUGUGGAUUUGGAUACGACUCCGUGAACGACGAUUACAAAGUGGUGAGGAUGGUUCAGUUUAAGCAAGACUCGGAUGAUGAAUUCGGUUUCAGUUUCCCUUACGAGGUCAAAGUGUAUAGCUUAAAGAGAAACUCAUGGAAGAGAAUCGAAUCUGUUUUGCCUUCGAUUCAGCUGUUGUUCUACUUCUACUACCAUCUCUUGUAUCGUCGUGGCUAUGGUGUUCUUGCUGGUAACAGUCUUCACUGGGUAUUACCAAGAAGGCCUGGCUUGAUUGCGUUUAAUAUCAUCGUGAGGUUUGAUCUUGCCUCAGAGGAAUUCGAAAUCGUUCGUUUUCCAGAAUCUCUUGCGAACGGUGAUGUAGAUAUUCAGAUGGAUAUAGGCGUUUUAGAUGGGUGUCUUUGCUUGAUGUGUAACUACGAUCAGAAGUAUAUAGAUGUUUGGGUGAUGAAAGAACACAAUGUGAGAAGUUCUUGGAGGAAGGCCUUCACGGUUCAGAAACCCAAAACUGUGAAAUCGUUUGCGUAUAUGAGACCUCUGGUUUAUUCCAAGAACAGGGAUAAGGUUCUGUUGGAGAUCAACAAUGCGAAGCUUGUGUGGUUUGAUCUCGAGAGUAAGAAGCUUAGUACUCUUAGGAUCAAAGAUUGUCCUAGCUCGUAUAGUGCGGAGCUCGUUGUGAGUAGCCUUGUUUUGGAAUGUAAAGGAGAUCUUGAUAACGUUAAGUACAGGAAAGAACAACAAGCUAAAGAAGCUAGAGAAGCUCAAAUGAUGCACAACAGUAAAAAGAGGUCUUGUGGUUUAUCUUCAAUAUCGUUUUUUGUUUUUUUUUCAGCUGUUUUUGUAGUGAUUAUGUGUCUGAUGUGCUCAGUUUCUUCUUUUGUUGUCCAUCUCAGGGAUGAUUUCUUGUCCAAGGAAUUCAAACUGGUCUUAUAA